UUCCUCUCCUUUCAUCCUCCUCUUCCUCCUUUUGGCAUCUCCCUGGCGCUCGCUCCUCCUCCGCCGCUCGCCGGAGCACCGCCGCGGGCGCUUACCUCCUUCGCGCUUUCCCCGACGCCUACGCGGUUUCCGCGGCCUACGCGGCGCCGGAGUUUUCGGGAGUCAGUUCCGUACGCUCGGGACGCGGCGGAUCGGAGCAGUAGCGAGCGCGGAUCGGAGCGCGCGGGGACGCCGGUAGCGCGCUCCGCAGGGGAAUGUGGGUCCCCGUUUGAGGGGGUCUCGGCCCGGGAAGCUGAGGCGAGAUGAGACGAUCAAGGAGGCCCAUUCUGUUGAGCUCAGGACUGGAAAGCAUGAAUGGAUUUAGUCAUUGUGCUCAGGGUGUUUAGAUCAAAGGACCAAUGCCUCCAGGAUAAUGGCAGGGAAGGAUGGAGUUACUCUAAAACCCGUGUCGUGCGGGGCAAGGUUGCGCAGGAGUUGUGAUGCAUCACUGAGAGAUGGAGGGUCCAUGAGAGACCCAUUCUUGAAGCACAGAGUAAAGAAGUUUGAUCUAUCUAGCCUAGAUUGGAUUGAUGAUAUUCCAGAUUGUCCUGUAUUUUCUCCAUCAACGCAGGAGUUUGAGGAUCCAAUGGUUUAUCUCAGCAAAAUUGCUCCUGUGGCUGCAAAAUAUGGUAUAUGCAAGAUCAUUUCACCUGUCUCUGCUUCGGUACCUGCUGGUUCUGUACUAAUGAAGGAACUAGCUGGCAUUAAGUUUACAACUAGAGUUCAGCCUCUCCGUCUUGCUGAAUGGUCCAAGGAUGACAAGUUUGCCUUCUUCAUGAGUGGAAGAAAGUACACAUUCCGGGAGUUUGAGAAAAUGGCAAAUAAAGAAUUUGUACGAAGAUACUCUAGUGCUGCUUGUCUUCCAUCAAGGUAUAUGGAAGAGGAAUUUUGGCAUGAAAUAGCUUUUGGCAAGAUGGAGUCUGUUGAGUAUGCAUGUGAUAUUGAUGGUAGUGCAUUUUCUUCUUCUCCCGAUGACCAACUUGGGAGAAGCAAAUGGAACUUGAAGAGAUUCUCGCGGUUGCCUAACUCCACACUCCGUCUUCUCAGAGCAGCAGUUCCAGGAAUAACAGAUCCAAUGUUGUAUAUUGGAAUGCUCUUUAGUAUGUUUGCCUGGCAUGUGGAAGACCAUUACUUGUACAGCAUUAACUAUCACCACUGUGGGGCCUCAAAAACAUGGUAUGGUAUUCCAGGCAGUGCUGCUUCUGAUUUUGAGAAAGUGGUACGUGAGCAUGUAUAUGAUCACGAAAUUUUAUCAGGUGAAGGUGAAAAUGCAGCAUUUGAUGUUCUUUUGGGAAAGACUACAAUCUUCCCUCCAAAUAUUUUGCUGCAUCAUCAUGUUCCUGUCUAUAGAGCCGUACAAAAACCUGGAGAAUUUGUUGUAACAUUUCCCCGAGCUUAUCAUUCUGGUUUCAGCCAUGGUUUCAAUUGUGGUGAGGCAGUAAAUUUUGCUAUGGGUGAAUGGUUUCCUCUGGGAGCAGUUGCUAGUCAACGUUAUGCACUUCUGAAGAGGAUACCAGUAUUACCAUAUGAGGAGCUUCUUUGUAAAGAAACAGCACUUGUUGCUGAUGAGUUUCCCAUGUCUGAUCAUCAAGAUAUAACAUUAACUGGAGAUGCACAUACACAGAGCUGUAUGAAGGCCCCUUUUGUGCAGUUGAUGCGGUUCCAACACCGUGUUCGUUGGUUGCUUGUGAAAAUGGGUGCUCGCACGCACUAUAAAGCAGACAUUGAUGCAACAGUUCUCUGUGGGAUAUGCAAACGUGACUGUUACGUAGCUCACAUUAUGUGUAACUGCAGAGCUGAUGCAAUUUGCCUUUGCCAUGAGGAUGAAAUUAGGAAGUGCCCUUGCAGCUGUGAUCGUGUUAUAUUUGUGAGGAAAGACAUCUUUGAAUUGGAGGCGCUAUCAAAGAAGUUUGAGGAGGAAGUUGGAAUACUGGAUGAAGUAGGAAGCCGAAUGUCUCAAAGUGAUGGCUCUAGCACACAUUCUUACUUGUUCGACGGCAUUGACCACAAUGCUAAAUACUUCCCGUAUUGCAAGAUCCAAAUAGAUGCAUCCCCUGAAAUUCAUACCUUUUCAGAGAGAGAUGUUCUUGGAUAUGAUUUGAAUAAGCCAUAUCCUACAGCAUCAACAAUAACUUUUGCGCAUGGACCCCACGACUAUUCUACACAAAGUGAUGAGUGUACUAGUUCUAACCCAAGAACCUUCUCUAGCUCAUAUCCUGAGAAUGGAACAAUUAAUGCUUAUCCUUUAUCUAUCCCUGAUCAAGCAUUCUCAUCUGACAAGUUGGCAGCACAAGAUAGUGAUGAUUCUGACUAUGAGGUAUUUAGAGUUAAGAGACGGUCUGGCAUAGUUCUGGAGAAAAGAUGUUCAGAAGAUGUAACAACAAAUUUAACUGAGAAUCAGGUUUUGAGACGGUUGAAGAAAGCCCGUUCAGAUGGCAGACAAGAGAAGAGGGCAACAGAAGUAUCCUGUGGUACAAGAAGUGACAGUAUGCGUAUUGAAUCACAUUGUGUUGACUCCGUUUCUGGUAAUAGAGAAAGCCUCAUCAAUGGAACCAAAUUGAAGAUGAUACAUCAGUUAGAUGUAACUAUUGUGGAAGAUGAUGUUGGUUUCAGCCAGAAAUCUAAUUAUUGCAGUUACCUAUCUCCAUCUGUAGAUCUUGGGCCAAAACGCUUGAAAAUUCGUGGCCCAUCCUUCCCCAGUACAAUUUCUGAAGUGGAAAUAUCUUACAGAUUCCAGGAGGACAGUGAUUUGGCUAGUCAUCACACUCAAUGAGGUAUGCUGCUAUUGGUGCUAACUGCUAACACCACGUAAGUUAACAUCAAUCGUAACUUCUGGAAGAUGAAGGCUCCUUUUUCACUGGAUGGUUCAGAUCUGAUUCUUUCUACAGGCCUCCAAUAGAGGCACUGUUAUGGCUGGAUUCAUGAUUCUACUGCCAGGUGACCUACGUGGCAUGGGACAUGAAAAAGCUAUAGGCAGACAAUUUUUCUGAUCCUCCUUAGCUGUACAUUUUCACUUAUUUCCUUUUCUUGUAGGUUUUCCACUGUGAAGAGGUUAGUCUACUUUUAACGAUUUCUUUCAUUCUUUUUCCACCACAGAUACACCUGUACCUAGAAUGCUUAAAUACAUCGACAUACUAAAUGGAUAUUGUACAUCUUUUAACGAGUCAGUCUACAUUCUACUGGUCUUUCCUCCUUUUUGUAA